GUGGAACAACUAAUAACCUGUCAUUAGAAGAUGAUGGCAGUAACUGUAUAGCAAAGAAAAGGAAUGUGUCAGAAAGAACUAGAAUGCAACAGAAUCAAAGGAAAAACCUUAGAAAAAGAAGUUGUAUUACUGAUGCAAGCCCUAAAUACACUUUCCACCCCAGAGGAGAAGCUGGCAACUCUCUGUAAGAAGUAUGCUGAUCUUCUGGAAGAACGCAGGAAUGUUCAGAAGCAAGUGAAGAGACUGCAAAAGAAGCAAGCCCAAAUUGUGAAAAAAAAGGUUUUCUUGCAGAGUGAACACAGCAAGGCUGUCUUGGCAAGAAGCAAACUAGAAUCUCUUUGCAGGGAACUUCAGCAUCACAAUAAGACCUUAAAGAUUAAAAAUAUGCAGCUGGCAAAGGAGGGGGAAGAAAGUCGUACAGAAGCUGCUGUUCAUUUUCAAAUUACUUUAAAUAAAAUCCAAUCCCAGCUGAAACAGCAUGACAUACACAAUAGCAAACUCCAACAGGAGAACAUUGAAUUGGGAGAGAAAUUGAAGAAGUUUGUUGAACAGUACGCACUGAGGGAAGAGCAUAUUGAUAAAGUAUUAAAACAGAAGGAAUUGGAGCAACAGCUUGUGAAUGCCAAACUUCAGCAGACAACACAGAUGAUAAAAGAAGCUAAUGAAAAACAUCACAAAGAGAGAGAGUUUUUACUUAAAGAACUCACAAAGUCAAAGCAAAACUUUGAAGAAAUGAAACAACAAGAAGUACAACUAAAACAACAGCUUUCUGUUUAUAUGGAUAAAUUUGAAGAAUUCCAGGCUACCAUGGCAAAAAGCAAUGAACUAUUCAAAACCUUCAAGCAGGAAAUGGCAAAGAUGACUAGGAAAAUUAAGGAGCGGGAGAAAGAAAUGACAGUAUGGCGUACCAAGUGGGAAAAUAAUAAUAAAAUACUUCUACAAAUGGCUGAAGAGAAAAAUUUCUGUGACAAAGAGUUCAGAGCUUUUCAUAUAAAAUUGGAUAGAUUAGAGAAAAUGUUCAGGGCUCUGCAAAUGGAAAGAAAUGAGCUUACUGAGAAGGUCAAAAUCAUGAAAGAGCAGGUGUUUGUAAAAGCAACAGAUAAAGAUAUAUCACUGCCUGUGCCACAGUCUGGCAUUGUUCUUGAUUCUCACAAGUUGUCAGAUACUUCCUUUGAAAGUGUUUCUGGAGUCCCCCUGGAGGCAGAAUCCAAGGCACUGAAUGAAAGAAAAUGCCACUCAAAAGACCCUUUCCAUAAGAUGUCCUCCAGGCAUUGA